GUUGCAACAUCCCCAACUGGUUCUGCUGUUGACCUUUUGUCUCUCUUAGUGUUCUCACAUUUGACCAUGAUGCUCACAUAUCUGCCUCCACAGUGAUUAGAAAUGAGAAGUACUUUGACACUGAAACACCACAGCAGAGAGGAGGAGUGUUGUGGUUUUGGCGGGUGGGUGUCAACUGCAUCAACUCAUAUAUUCAUACUGUGACGUUUUCUUCUCUUGUUUCACUGUGACUGAGGGAAGAGUUUGAUCCGUGCAGUCAGAGGAGCAGUGGCUUUUAUCUUCACACUGAACUUUGGACUUUUGACUUGAUUUUUUGGCUGUUUCACUUCUAUAAGAAAUUCAAUUUAGAGAGAAUAGAAGUUAAUAGGCUGUGUCUAAGGAAGUAGAUGCUGUAUCUCUGUUAAAGAAGUACUCGAACAGACACGUCGACCGUUCACAGCAACAGAAUGGUUGAAUUCAAAUGGAUUAAAAUAUCUUUAUUUCUGAUUGUGCUUCUUCAGUUUAGAGCAGCAGUAACAGGACAAGAUUCCUACAUCAUUGUCAGAGAUGGAGGUGAUGCCACUUUGCCUUGUAAAAAUGUGAUACAAGGUCAGGACCAAUGUGACAGCACUACCUGGAUGUACAGUCAAAGUGAAGGGUCACCUGAAGUAGCGCUGAUUGAACUUGGAAAUAUUAGUAACAACGCCAAAGAUAAAUCAGACAGACUGAGUGUUACAGCGGACUGUUCUCUGGUUAUAAAGAAUGUCAAAGGUAUCGAUUUUGGUCGUUACAGCUGCAGACAGUUCGACACAUCAGGACAACAACAAGGUCCAGGCGCUGGGGUUCAUCUGUCUGUUGUUACCAUUAAUGAACGGAAGGAUGCUGAUGAUAAGGUGACAUUAACCUGUUCUAUUGGGACAUAUGAACAAUAUCGAGGCAGCGUGUUCUGGCAGUUUGAGGGUAAUAGGGAUGAUUUCCCAGGCAUGGGGAUGUUUGGAGUUGUCUCCAGAGCCACUGCGACAUUUACAGCUUCCACUCCUGCUCAGAAGUCAAAAUAUUCAGAGUUAUUUAAGUGUAAAGCGACUGCACGCAACACUGGGACAGUGCUGUUUAACCUCGCCCCUCAGUCUUCAAGUGAGAAACAGGCAGUAACAGGACAAGAUUCCAACAUCAUUGUCAGAGAUGAAGGUGAUGCCACUUUGCCUUGUAAAAAUGUGAUACAAGGUCAGGACCAAUGUGACAGCACUACCUGGAUGUACAGUCGAAGAGAAGGGUUACCAGAAGUAGAGCUGAUUGAACUUGGAAAUAUUAGUAACAAUGACAAAGAUAAAUCAGACAGACUGAGUGUUACAGCGGACUGUUCUCUGGUUAUAAAGAAUGUCACAUUUAAGGAUGUUGGUCGUUACAGCUGCAGACAGUUCGAUGGACAACAACAAGGUCCAAGCGCUGGGGUUCAUCUGUCUGUUGUUUUCAUUAAUGAACAGAAGGAUGCUGAUGAUAAGGUGACAUUAACCUGUUCUAUUGUGACAAAUGAACAAUAUCGAGGCAGCGUGAUCUGGCAGUUUGAGGGUAAUAUGGAUGAUUUCCCAGACAUGGGGAUGUUUGGAAUUGUCUACAGAGCCACUGCGACAUUUACAGCUUCCAGUCCUGCUCAGAAGUCAAAAUAUUCAGAGUUAUUUAAGUGUAAAGCGACUGACCGGAACAGUGGGAUAGUGCUGUGUAACCUCGCCCCUCAGUCUCCAUGUGAGAAACAGGUUAUAUCGACAGUAAGCACGACAACAGUGGACAAGAAAACAUCUGAUGGUCCAACAAAACUACCCGGUAGAGACUCAGUGAGACAUGACACAUUUCUAGACUCCACAGCUUGUGCAGAUUGUUCUGCUCUGAGCUACAUAAUGUUGGUGAUGCGUGUGGCUGAACUCGUCCUCAUCACUGUCGUUACUGUUCUUCUCUUCAGAGCUCGAGCAGGGAACCAGAGAGCACCUGAUGACCACACUGUUUCUUACUCAGUAAGAAGCAGAACAGCGAGGCGUUCAGGUCCAGCAGCCAGUCAGAUGCAUCAUAGUGAAGAUGAAGAUGUUACGGUGAACUAUGAAAACUUCGGAGAAUAUGAGGCUUCUGUCUGACUCCACAACUAAAAGCAAACAGCUUCAACACCGACAUCACCUAACUAAAAGAAAAACAAACUAAAGAUUAUUCCAUCACAAAGUUAAUUAUCUAGAAUCAUAACAUCAUUUUGAGUCUUUUUUUAGGUGUUGAAAAGCUUAAAAUUAGCUUCCAGCUUUACAGUUUAGAGUCCAUUUCAAGAUUUGACUCAUUGCUUUUGUAGUUGUAGCUUUGCCUGAGUUUCUUAUUUUUAUUUUAUCUCUUUGCAAACACAAGAAAUACAUGAACUUUCAUUCACAGUAUUGCUGUAAACAUGUUUAUAUACU